AUGAGUGAAGGUGAGCAAACAAACCUGGAGACAGAAUCUGAGGAGGCAAAUGCUAGUUGGUUAACGCGCAUGGGAGUUGCGAUGUCCAAACGUCUUUCAGUUGUUGGGUCAGUAUCUACCCUUCCGGCUAGCGAACCUCUAGCAGAGUCCUCCAAUGAGCCGCCAAAUCCAACAUCAUGGCUGGCCGCAGCAACGAGCUUUUUUCCUUGGUUGCCAUUUAAAGAGGACGAUAAAGUUGAGGUUAACAGUCUAACUAACUACUCGAAGCUAACUUCCAAGCAAAUUCAGUUGUUAGAGUUCGAAGCGCUACAAGGCAUUUUCAAGAAGAAUAAUUCAUGGUGUUGGUUUGAAACUGUUUCCCUUGACGGAAAAGUUACUCAGCCAGACGUGGUUUCGGGUGUUCUUAGUGUUGCUAAUACGUCCUCGCUGAUGUGCCCACUUCCUUUGAAGAAGUUUCCAUUUGUUGACGACACAUCGAGAAAGGUUUUCAUCAGUAAUUCUAUUAUUCUUCCCAAUAGCUUUCCUGAAGAAGUGUUCCAUGAGCGCUCCUUUCUCAACACUAUAUCCACUGCAUUCAAAAAGCAUUAUAAUUUUCCAAAUGAAGAGCACACAUACUUAAAAAAACAACCCCAUGAUGUUCUCGAAGGAAAGAGAGUAAUUCUCAUUUCAUUUGCUGGCCUUUUACCAGAUAGAUAUGAGAAGAUUACGCUCAGUAAAGGGUUCUCCGCAAAGGAUUUAUCUGCCAAAGUAGCAAAAUCACUGAGAAGUAAAAAUCCUGCGGAAAUUGUAUCAUUAUCUCUAGAAUGCCCAUUAGAUCAAAAAAGCUUAGAAUUAUGUGCACAAGAAUGUAUUCAGCUUCUUAAUAACUGGAGGUCGGAAUUACAGAAGGCGGAUGCGAUAUUCUUUGCUGGAAUUUAUCACAGCGUUCCGAUAUCAAUUAUAGUAGCACAACAGAUUUUAGAGAAACGAGAUAUAUUCCAAAAUGCUCAGAACAAAAUCAUUGGUAUAUUGGGAAUUGAAUCCUGUUUAAGAGGGUAUCGAUUUUGGGACCACAGCUCAGAUAUUUAUACUGGCUCAGAGACAUCUAAUUUUCAAUCUAAUCGAGAAAAGUUACUUUAUCAAGGAUGUACUAAACAACAACAAGAGACAUUGUCUCAAUUGGCGAAUUAUAGAUUACUUAACUCCAAGGAAUCUGAACAAGUUCAAAAGGCUUUAGAUCACCUGCUUUUUCAUUACAGGAAUUUGAAGGUUGUACUGACAGGUAAACUCUAUGACAACUUCAUGACAAUAGCACAGAAGCUCGCUAUAGAAUAUCAACAUCCUAAUAUUCUCCGCCAUAUAUGGUGUGACGGAAAUCAUUUGGGGUUAGAUCUUAGAAAGGACGUCAGUGGUCUAUUAUUCAAUAACAAGAAACCACAAUUUGAGUCUUCAAUCGGCAUCCCAAAAGAUCGAUAUUUUGAAACUCAAUUGAUAUCUAACUUGCUGUUGGCGAUUAGCUUAGGAAAGCACGAAUUCAUUCCUAUGUUUAAGUUAAUAAGCCCGUUUUAUAUAUCUCGUUCUUUCAACGAGAACACUAUCCCCGCCAAUAUCAAAAAGCAACAACAGGGUGACUUAAAAGGAUGGAUGCAAGAGAUGGACACCAAAUGGAAAGACUCCGAAAUUCCUGUAAAUUCCAUGGCCCCUAAUUCUGUACAUGAUAUUCACGAGUUUCUGGAAUUUAUAUACUACAAAUGCCAAAAGGACCCAGAUUUUGUCAAGAUUGAAGGUGGCAUGUAUGAAGAUGAUACCUUAUACCAAGGCUUUCUGGAAGAUGUUCUCGAAACUGUGCCACUUUUAGAGGCUAAACAUCUGCAUAUUUCGAUGGAUCACUCAACGCCAUCGAGCAUUUUGGAUAAUCAAAACCAAUACGACCUGGUUUGGAGGCUACAUGAGUGUCUAUCAAGUUUUACAAAAAUGAAAAACGUACCUGAACAAGCUGUCCAGGAAAUCAAGAUGCGCUUAUUUAUUAAAGAUCAAAACACGCUGCCAGUGGUAAUGAAUCCAACAAAAACAAAAUUUCAUCGAAAUAACAAAGAAGCUCUUGCACGGUUGAGAGAGCUUUGGGAAAGUUAUAGAGUCUGGAACCCCCCUACCAGAGGUCUAAAGCAACUUCGUCGCAUUUUGAGCUUUCUCUCCCUAUAUUCGUCUUAUUUGGAACUUCAAUAUGAUGUUCAUCAUCGUACUUAA